AUGGGCAAUGAGCGGCGCCUGGUAAUCCUCUGCCACCUGUCCGAACGCGAACACUCCGUGACCGAGCUUUGCCGGCUGGUUGGGCUCAGUCAAUCCGCCCUGUCCCAACAUCUGGCCAAGCUUCGCCGGGACAACCUGGUGAAGACCCGCCGCAACGCGCAAACGGUGCUCUACUCGGUAUCCAGCCCCGAGGUGGGCAAGAUGUUGAGCGCCCUGAGCGAGCUCUACGUGAACUGCUGCGCGGCGCGGCAGCCCGCACCGACCGAUACCGCUUCGGUGGACGGCGCUGCCAGCCGCUCCGGCGGCGCAGAGACAGCGGCCGAGGGCGCAGCCCUGCGCAAGCCCAGCUGCACGCGCUGGUUUACGAUGCCUCUGCACGUUUUGACCUGCGAUGUUCGCGGCACUCCCACGAUUACUCCCGCAAAGCCCGACCCCGUCGACGUCUCCAUAGGUUCCAGGUUGCGGCUCCGGCGCCUGGCCCUUGGCCUCAGCCAGAGCAGCCUGGCGAACUCUUUGGGUAUUACAUUUCAGCAGAUUCAGAAAUACGAGCGCGGCACCAACCGUAUCGUCGCCAGCCGCCUUUACCGCCUGUCCCAGGUUCUGCAGGUCCCGGUUCAGUAUUUCUUCCAGGAGCUCUCCGCCAGAGAAGCGCCCGGACAGCCGCCCGCCGCCGGCCAGACCGACAUCGAGUCACCGGAACGUGUGUCCGACCUGAUGACCCAGCGUGAUAUGCUUCGUCUCGUCCAAGCCUACAGCCGAAUUGAGGAUGCCACGGUCCGGCGGCAGAUCUAUGCAUUGGUCAAGACAAUCGGCGAGUCUUUCGGCGGGUCAAGUAACGGGCGUCGGCGUGCCCCGGCUGCAGCCGGGACGGGCCUUUUCGUCCUGGCCGCCCUUGCUGUGGCCUGGUCUCAGCAGAGCGCCCGGUCCGAGAGCGGUUCGCCGGUGCGCGGCACGGCCGAGAUCAUCGAUGGCGACUCGCUCUCCGUUGCCGGGCAGAACUACGAUCUGGCCGGGGUCGAUGCGCCCGAGCUGGCGCAGCGCUGCACCCGCAAAGAGCGCUUCUAUGACUGUGGAUUGCUUGCGCAGGCGGCCCUUAUGGAUCUGACCGCCGGUGUCGAGGUCGAAUGCCGGCGGCUGAAAGGCCGCGCCGCAUCCGCCGAUGUACCGCUGGCGCGCUGCACCGCGGCGGGAUACGACCUCUCGGAGGGCAUGAUCUACACCGGCUGGGCUCUGGUCCGGCCUGAUGACGAUCCCGCAGAGCGCUAUGGGGCGCUCUUCGGUCCGAUUCAGCACGGCGCGGAGGAAGCCCGGCGCGGCCUCUGGAAAGGCGAGUUCGUCGCGCCCUGGGCCUGGCGCGACGGCCAGCGUCUGGCGGGCCACUGCAGCGCCACUAUGGCGGCUGUUGACUGCAGUGCCUUCGGGGGAAGGAACGAUGGCGGUGGCACGACUUCCGACGAUGACAGCGGCCUUGACGGCGGCUACUUUUCACCCACCUAUGCGUCCUCUGCCCAGGGCUCUCCCUAUCGCGACGUCUACUCCCGAACCUUCGGAUCGGCGACAGCCGCCCCUGAAGCCCUGCAGACCCCUCGUGCCGCCGCGCCAGUGGCCGCCUCCGGCCCCGCCGGUGAGGUCGUCUUCGUCAUCGACAGCAAGGGGCUGGCCACGUAUCGCGCAGACGAUUACGCCGGCGGUCGUGGCGAUGCGAUUGCGCGCGGAGCGGUUCCGCCGAUGCCGGAAACGGCAACCAUCGCCGGGGCCGUGCCGCAGGUCCCCACCGUUGCGGACAACCUCUACCUGCGGCCGCCGCUGGAAACCGCCGGCGGGCCGCAGCCGGCCACGCCGGUGCUGCUCAUUCCCUCACCCGAAACCAAGGCCGAUGCCGUUUCGCUCCCGCUGCUGGGGCCAGAGGCCAUCGAAGCCUUGAUCGCGGACUCUCAAAGCCUGCGCUACCGCCCGGCACGACCGGUGAUCGGAGAAGGCGACAAGCGCGUCUGGCAGGACUGCGAAGUGAGCUGCGCGGUUCCCGAUGACGGCGCUCUUGCCGCCUGCGCUGCGGCGCUGGACGCCGCCUUCACCGAUGCCCUGGCACUGUUGACGCCGCCGCCCCUGACGGAAGGCUUUGCCGUCAACGAUCUCAUCGUCCAGCGCUACCCCAAAGGCUCCGGCGGGAUCACGCCCCACCGCGACCAUAUCGCCUACCGCGGCCUCAUCUCCGUCAUCACCCUGAGCGGCCCGGGCGGUGGCGGCGCCGCCCGGCUGGCUGGUGCUGAUGCGCGGACCAGGGCUCUAUGGCAGAACCGACCGCCCCUUUCACUUCGUCGACCGCUUCGAGACGCCGCGGGUCAGCGUCGGCCUGCGCUACGACCGCAGACUGGCGGUUUGACCGGCCGCCGGUUCUUCAGCGGUGCCUCUCCUGGGAACCAGCCGGGGAGUUCACCGGGGUGCUUGGCCUGUCCCCGCGCGGGUGAUACGACAACCGUCCCGGCUUUCGCCCUGAACCGAACACCUCCCAGAUCCGGCCUUCGCCCAGAAACCGCCAUGCGCACCGACGACUUCGAUUUCGACCUGCCGCGCGCGCUGAUCGCCCAGCAUCCGAUCGAGCCGCGCGAGACCGCGCGCCUGCUGCAUGUGGGGCCGGUUCUGGCGGACCGGACCAUCGCCGACCUGCCCCGCCUGUUGCGCCCCGGCGACCUGCUGGUCAUCAACGACACCAAGGUGAUCCCGGCGCGGCUGACCGGCACAAGGGGCAGCAGCGGCAUCGAGGUCACCCUGCACAAGGCGGUGGACGCCGGCACCUCGGCCAGGACCUGGAAGGCUUUUGCGCGCCCGGCGCGUAAGCUCUCUGCCGGCGACCGGAUCGUUUUCGCCGAGGACUUCGGCGCCGCGGUCGCCGAAAAGGGCGAGGGCGGCGAAGUCACCCUGGUCUUCGACGAAGCGGGCAGCGACCUGCUGGCCGCGUUGGACCGCCACGGGAUCAUGCCGCUGCCGCCCUACAUCAAGCGCGACUCCGGGGGCGAUCCGCAGGACCGGGAGGACUACCAGACGGUCUUCGCGGAACGGGCCGGCGCCGUCGCCGCGCCCACCGCCGGCCUGCACUUCACCGAGAGCCUGCUGGCCGCACUCGAAGGGGCCGGGAUCGACCGGGUGGCGGUCACCCUGCAUGUCGGCGCCGGCACCUUCCUGCCGGUGAAGACAGACGACCCCGCCGCCCACCGGAUGCACAGCGAGACCGGCGAAAUCACCCGCGACGCCGCGGACAGGAUCAAUGCUGUCCGGGCCGCUGGCGGGCGCAUCGUCGCGGUCGGCACCACCGCGCUGCGCCUGCUGGAGAGCGUUGCCGCGGACGACGGCACGGUCACGCCCUUCGUCGGCGACACCGAUCUUUUCAUCCUGCCGGGCCACCGCUUCAAGGCCGUGGACCUGCUGCUGACCAACUUCCACCUGCCGCGGUCGACCCUUUUCAUGCUGGUCUGCGCUUUUGCCGGCAAGGCGCGCAUGGAGGCCGCCUACGCCCACGCCGUCGCUGAGCAGUACCGCUUCUACUCCUACGGCGAUGCCUGCCUGCUGGAGCCGGAGGGCGCCCGCCGCGGGCAGCUUGAGACGGCGCACGGGACGAUCAAUACGCCCGCCUUCAUGACCGUCGGCACCGCCGCCACCGUGAAGGGACUGACUCCUGACCAGGUGCGCGAAAGCGGGGCCGAGAUCCUGCUCGCCAACACCUACCACCUGAUGCUGCGCCCAGGGGCGGAGCGGGUUGCGCGCCUGGGCGGCCUGCAUCGUUUCAUGAACUGGCCGCGGCCGAUCCUGACGGAUUCCGGCGGCUACCAGGUGAUGUCGCUGCAGGAACUGCGCAAGAUCACCGAGGAGGGCGUCACCUUCCGCUCCCACCUGGAUGGCGAGCGCCACGCCCUGACGCCGGAGCGGGCGGUGGAAAUCCAGGAGCUUCUCGACGCCAACAUCACCAUGGUGCUCGACGAGUGCACGCCUUACCCGGCGACGGAGGCGGAAGCGCGCGAGUCCAUGGAGCGUUCCAUGCGCUGGGCGGCCCGCUGCCACAAGGCCUUUACCGUGCGGCCGGGCUAUGGGCUCUUCGGCAUCGUCCAGGGCGGUGUCUAUCCGGCGCUGCGGCGUGCCUCCGCCGAGGCGCUGAUCGAGAUCGGUUUCGACGGCUAUGCGGUCGGCGGGCUGGCCGUCGGCGAGGGACAGGCGGUGAUGUUCGAGGUGCUGGACGCCACGGUCCCGCAUAUGCCGGCAACCCAUCCGCGCUAUCUCAUGGGCGUCGGCAAGCCGGCGGACAUCGUCGGCGCCGUCGCCCGCGGCAUCGAUAUAUUCGACUGCGUGCUGCCGACCCGAUCGGGGCGCACCGGCCAGGCCUUCACCCGCCGCGGCAGCGUGAACAUCCGCAACGCGCGCCAUCAGGACGAUGCCCGCCCGCUGGAUCCGGACUGCCCCUGCCCGACCUGCACCAACUACUCCCGCGCCUAUCUGCACCAUCUCUUCAAGGCGAAGGAGAUGCUUGGCCCGAUCCUGCUGACCCGCCACAAUCUGGCCUAUUAUCAGGAACUCAUGGCCGGCCUGCGCCAGGCAAUCGAGGACCAGACGCGGGAGACCUCCCUGCCCUCUAAAAAGGCGGCAAUCCGGGAGCGGGCCCUGGCGCUGGGGUUCGACGCCGUGGGCUUUGCCAGGGCGGAGGUCGCCCCCGACGCAGCCGCCGCGCUGAAGGAGUUCCUGGCGGCGGGCUAUCACGGUGAGAUGGACUGGCUGGCCCGCAAUGCGGAACGCCGCGCCAACCCGAAGGCGCUCUGGCCGGAAGCGCGCAGCGUCGUCGUUCUGGGCCAGAACUACGGCCCCGCCGAAGACCCCCUGGCGCUGCUGGACGAACCGCAGCGUGCGGCAAUCUCCGUCUACGCCCGCAACGCCGACUAUCACGACCUGAUGAAGAAGCGUCUGAAGGCCCUGGCGCGCUGGAUGCAUGAGGAUCUGGCGGCCGGAGUGAAGGUCUUCGUCGACACCGCGCCGGUGAUGGAAAAACACCUGGCGCAGGCCGGCGGCCUCGGCUGGCAGGGCAAACACAGCAACCUCGUGUCGCGCGCGCUGGGCUCCUGGCUGUUUCUCGGCGAGGUCUACACCGAUCUGGAAGUCGAAGCCGACAGGGCGGAAAGCGAUCACUGCGGAAGCUGCCGCAACUGUCUCGACAUCUGCCCUACCGACGCCUUCCCGGCCCCCUACAAACUCGACGCGCGGCGCUGCAUCUCUUACCUCACCAUCGAACACAAGGGGCCGAUCCCGCUGGAGUUCCGCAAGGCCAUGGGCAACCGCAUCUACGGCUGCGACGACUGCCUUGCCGUCUGCCCCUGGAACAAGUUCGCGCAGCCGACCCGCGAGGCCGCCUUCCUGCCCCGUGCCGAACUCACCGCGCCGCGGCUGGCCGACUUUCUCGACCUCGACGACGCCGGCUUUCGCAGGCUCUUUGCCGGCUCGCCCAUCAAGCGCAUCGGGCGCGACCGCUUCCUGCGCAAUGUGCUGAUCGCCCUUGGCAACGCCGGGAACAAGGCACCAGCAAAAGCAAUCGAGGCCCUGCUGAAUGACCCUUCCGCGCUGGUACGCGGCGCGGCGGUCUGGGCCCUGCUCUGCCUGUUGCCGCAGGAAGCCGUCGCGCGCCUGCGCAGCAGACAUGCGGCCGCCGAGAGCGACCCCGGCGUCCUCGACGAAUGGGCCCGGCUCGACUCCUGCGAUCCGCCCUACACGCUGAAACGACCGGUCGAGGAGCGUCUGCGCCUGUUGAACAGGGCCUUCGCCGAGGCCGGAUCAUGGGUGCUUUCCGGCUCCAUCGGCCAUUGGGGCGCGCCGCUCAUCCCACAGUUCGACCUGGUGAUUUUCCUCUCAGUGCCCACCGGGGUGCGCCUGGAACGCCUGCGCCGGCGGGAGGUCGAGCGCUACGGCAACCGGAUCGAACCCGGCGGCGACCGCCAUGACGCCAGCAUCGCUUUUCUUGAGUGGGCCGCCGAGUACGAAAUCGGCCCCCCGGAAGGGCGGAGCCGCGAAAUGCACGAAACCUGGCUGGAAACCCUCCCCUGCCCGGUUCUGCGCCUGGAAGGGGACCGAGCGGUGGUCAGCCAGCGCGCCGACAGCCUGGCAGCUCUCGCCCGGCACGGGCUGCCGGCGCCCGCCGUCGCAGAUGUAGGCCGCUUCGUCGUCGACUUCCGAAUCCUCGUUCACCGACCCAUGCGGUAUUUCCCGGCCUUCCACGAUCUUUCCAGCCGCUCCGCCCUGUUGGUGGGGGGCGGCGAACUGGCGCUGCGCAAGCUGCGCCUGCUGCUGAAGGCGCACGCCAAGGUCACCCUGGUGGCGCCGACCGAAGACGUCCGGGGACGCGCCCUGGUGAUCUCCGCCAGCGGCAAGCCGGCCGUGGACGAGGCGGUGGCCGCAGCGGCGGCCGAAGCCGGCGUCGCCGUCAACGUGGUUGAUCGGCCCGACCUUUCCAGUUUCAUCAUGCCGGCGGUGAUCGACCGCGACCCCCUGGUGAUCGGUAUCUCCAGCGGCGGCGACGCGCCGAUCCUGGCGCGCCAGCUGCGGGCCCGGAUCGAAGCGAUGCUGCCGGCCCGCCUCGGCGCCCUGGCGCGCUUUGCCGGAACCUUCCGCGCCGCCGUCGGCGCGACCAUUCCCCCCGCAGGCCGCCGGCGCUUCUGGGAGCGGUUCUUUACCGGACCGGUCGCCGAAGAAGUACUGGCCGGGCGCGAAACCGCAGCCCGCGAGGCCAUGCUGGGCCUGAUCAACGGCCCGGCGUCGCAGGCCGCGCCGGCCGGUUCGGUCGCCAUCGUCGGCGCCGGUCCGGGCGACCCGGACCUGCUGACCUUCAAGGCCCUGCGCCGCCUGCAGGAAGCCGAUGUCGUGCUCUACGACAAGCUGGUCGGCCCGGAAAUCGUCGACUAUGCGCGCCGCGAUGCGGAGCGGAUCUACGUCGGCAAGGCCAAGGCCAACCACAGCAAGAGCCAGGACGAGAUCAACGCCCUGAUGGCCGAGCACGCCCUGGCCGGACACCGGGUGGUGCGCCUGAAGGGCGGCGACCCCUUCAUCUUCGGGCGCGGCGGCGAGGAAAUGGAUUAUCUGGAGGCCCGCGGGGUCACGGUCGAGGUCGUCCCGGGCGUAACGGCGGCGGCGGGCUGCGCCGCGGCAGCGGGCAUUCCGCUCACCCUGCGGGGCACGGCCCUGGCCGUCACCUUCAUCACCGGCCAUGCGCGGGACGGCGAGCCGGAUCUGGACUGGACGAGCCUGGCCAGCGGCAAACAGACCUUGGCGGUCUACAUGGGCGUCUCGACAGCCGGCGUUGUCGCGAAGCGCCUGAUCGAACACGGGCUCUCCGCCGGGACCCCCGUCGCGGUGAUCGAGAACGGCACCCGCGACGACCAGCGCAUCGUCACCGGGCGGCUGGAGGACCUGGAUCUGCGCCUGCGGCAGGCGGCGGUCACGGGACCUGCGCUCAUCAUCAUCGGCGAAGUCGCCCGCAAGGCCAUGACCGGCGAAGACCGUGGCCUGGAGGCCGAACUGACCGCCCUCCCCCGGCGCUUGCCCGAAGCGUUGGCCGUCUGCGAUGUCGUCUAUCUCACCGAAAGCGGCCUGUGGACGGCCUGGCUGAACCAAGCCGUAACCAGCAACGACAGCGCCGCCCAGGACGACUUGCUGAAGCGUGCGGAGGCCGACGUGGCCGCACGCAAGAUCGUCGGCCCCUAUCUGGUCGAGGUCACCGAGGUGGACGGCAUCCUGCAGCCGCUGUCCACCCGGGAGACCAUCCGUGCCGCCGGCCCGACCGUGCGCGCCGAACACAAGACGAUGUACCGCUACGACGAAUUCGAUCUGGCCUUUGUCCGUCAGCGCACCGCCCAGUUCCGCGGACAGGUGGAACGCCGUCUCUCCGGUGAACUGAGCGAAGAAGAGUUCCGGCCCCUGCGCCUGAUGAACGGGCUCUACCUGCAGCUUCACGCCUAUAUGCUGCGCGUUGCCGUGCCCUACGGCACGCUGUCGUCGCGCCAGAUGCGUAGGCUGGCCAGCGUCGCGCGCGACUACGACCGCGGCUACGGCCACUUCACCACGCGCCAGAACAUCCAGUACAACUGGCCGAAGCUGGAAGACGUGCCGAAGAUCCUGGAGGAGUUGGCCGAGGUCGAGAUGCACGCCAUUCAGACCAGCGGCAACUGCAUCCGCAACGUCACCGCCGACCACUUCGCCGGCGCCAGCGCCGACGAAAUCGAGGACCCGCGCAUCUACGGCGAGAUCAUCCGCCAGUGGUCGACCCUGCACCCGGAAUUCUCGUUCCUGCCGCGCAAGUUCAAGAUCGCCAUCACCGGUGCGCCCAACGACCGCGCCGCUGUGCGCUUCCACGACAUCGGCCUGCAGGUCCGCCGCAACGCGGCCGGCAAGGUCGGCUUCGAGGUGAUCGUCGGCGGCGGCCAGGGCCGCACCCCGGUGAUCGGCACCACCAUCCGCGAGUUCUUGCCCAAGGCCCACCUGCUGAGCUACCUGGAGGCCAUCCUGCGGGUCUACAACCAGCUCGGCCGGCGCGACAACCUCUACAAGGCGCGCAUCAAGAUCCUGGUGCAGCAGACCGGCGCCGAGGCGUUCACCCGCCUGGUCGAAGAGGAAUGGGCGCAUCUGAAAGACGGCGCACUCACCCUGCCGGCCGAGGAGAUCGCCCGCAUCGAGAGCUACUUCGCCCCGCCGGCCUUUGAGGACCUGCCGGAGAGUGACCGCGGCUUCGAGGCGCGGCGCUUCGAGGAUCGGGACUUCGCCCGCUGGGUGCGCAGCAACGUCUCCGCCCACAAGGUCCCCGGCUAUGCCAUCGUCUCCAUCUCGCUGAAGCCCGAGGGCGAGGCGCCCGGCGAUGCCAGCGCCGCGCAGAUGGACGCCGUGGCCGACCUGGCGGAAGCGUUCAGCUUCGAUGAGAUCCGCGUCACCCACGAACAGAACCUGGUGCUGCCGCACGUGAAGCUCAGCGAUCUGGCCAAGGUCUGGGAGAUGCUGGUCCAGCACGGCCUGGGCACGCCCAACAUCGGUCUCGUCUCCGAUAUCAUCGCUUGCCCCGGGCUUGAUUACUGCAACCUGGCCAACGCCCGCUCCAUUCCCGUCGCCCAGCGCAUCACCCAGCGCUUCAGCGACCUCAACCGCCAGCACGAGAUCGGCGAUCUGAAGAUCAAGAUCUCCGGCUGCAUCAAUGCCUGCGGCCACCAUCAUGCCGGCCACAUCGGCAUCCUGGGCGUCGACAAGAAGGGCGAGGAGUUCUACCAGAUCACCCUGGGCGGCAGCGCCGAUGAAAACGCCGCCGUCGGCAAGAUCGUCGGCCCUGCGUUCUCCUACGACGCGGUGGUCGAUGCCGUCGACAACAUCGUCGAGACCUACCUGGAUCUGCGCCAGGACAACGAGAAGUUCAACGAUACAUACGCCCGUGUCGGCAUCGCGCCGUUCAAGGAGAAGCUCUAUGUGGACCUGAUCGUCACGCUGGAUCAGUGGCGCGAUCAGCGCGCGGCGCUGCUGCGCCGCAACGGCCGCCUGGGCCUGCGUCUGGCCAGCGACCAGCCGCCCGAAGACAUCGCUGGAGACCUGAAGCACUUCGACCUCAUCGCCCUGGAGUUCCCGAAGUUCAACGACGGACGCGCCUAUUCCUAUGCGCGCCUGCUGCGGGAGCGCCACGGCUUCAAGGGCGAACUGCGGGCCGUCGGCAAUGUGCUGCGCGACCAGCUCUUCUUCAUGCUGCGCUGUGGCUUCGACAGCUUCGCGGUGGCGGACGAGAAGACCGCGGCGGCCUGGAAGGACGCCAUCGAGGAAAUCCAGAUCUGGUACCAGCCGACUGCAGACGGCCGUGCGCCCAGCGGCGCGCUCGGCGCCGGCUUCCGAUCUUCGCGCGCGUCACAGAGCUCGGGCAAGAGCCUGGACCGGGGAGUCGCAAGAGUGCUGGCCUCACGGACGAGCAGAUCGGCGUUGACGGUUCGCCCCGCGGCCAACCAGGACCGGGCCCUGCGGCUGCAGGAGCGCGCCCGCCUUCUGGAGCUGCGCUACGGCGCCGCCGCCAGCGAGGUAGACAGCGAGACGGUGCUGGAAGCGGCGAUCAAGCAUGUCUUUCCCGGACGCAUCGCCGUGGUGUCGUCCUUCGGCGCGGAGUCCGCUGUGCUGCUGGACCUCGUCGCCCAGGUCGACCCCGCGACCCCGGUGAUCUUCCUGGAGACCGGGAAACACUUUCCGGAGACCCUCGCCUACCGCGACCGCCUGGCGGAGCGGCUGGGACUGACAGACCUGCGCUCGGUGACGCCGGCGACCGAGGAUCUUGCCCGCGCCGAUGCGGACGGCACCCUGUGGCGGCGCAACCCGGACCUCUGCUGCCGCCUGCGCAAGGUGCUGCCGCUGGAGCGGGCCCUCAGCGGCUUCAGUGCCUGGAUCAACGGCCGCAAGCGGUUCCAGGGCGGCCUGCGCGGCCAGAUCCCGGUCUUCGAGGCCGAGUCCGGCCGCAUCAAGGUUAACCCCCUGGCGCAGUGGGAUUCCGCAGAGCUGCGCCGGGCCUUCGAGUCGCGGGGCCUGCCGGCCCAUCCGCUUACAGACCAGGGCUAUGCCUCCAUCGGCUGCGCGCCCUGCACGGCCCCCUCCGGGGGCCCUGAGGGCGCUUCCCGCAGCGGGCGCUGGCAGGGCAGCGCCAAGACCGAAUGCGGUAUCCACAAGGCUCCCUGGGCGCGGCGCCCCAACCCCCUCGUUUAG